AUGGCAGUACAGGCCACUCUAGGUGGUCCUGGGGUGUGGCUUCUUCACCUUGCUCGGAUUCGCAUUUUUCAAGACUUCUCUUGGACUAAUCGCCGCGCUUUGACUCGCGUCUACCGGGGUAUUGGGCUUCUCUCUGAUGGAUAUUCGCUUUUAGGAAUGCCUAUUCCCAGAUGGAAGUUGCUUCUGUCCAUCCCGUGCGUGUCGAUUUCAAGUGUUUGGAUUUCUGUUAAAGUGGUUUUCCUCAGCCUCUCUUUUGUCUCUCCUUCACUUAGGUUGCAGGACAUGGCUUAUGAUUGGAUUCGUUUUGAGUUUUUCAGUGUGACGAGAAGACCUGACGUUUGA